GACGCUUGACAAGUUGACACAUUGUAACUGUAGUUGGGGACAAUGUCAAAUUGUGAAUUCUGAUCAAUAAUAUUAAACAAAAAUGGCUGAUGGAAUGUUAAAGCUUAGGCGUAAUCGCCCCGGUUCAAAAGCGAAGGACUUCUGUCGGUGGCCUGAUGAACCUUUUGAAGAAAUGGAUAGCACUUUAGCUGUUCAACAAUUCAUACAACAAACCAUCAGACGCGAUCCUUCUAAUUUAGAAGCAAUACUUAAAAUGCCAGAGGCACAGGACGAGGGAGUGUGGAAAUAUGAACAUUUAAGACAAUUUUGUAUGGAACUUAAUGGUUUAGCAGUAAGAUUACAAAGUGAGUGUAAGCCAGAAACAUGCACCCAAAUGACUGCAACAGAACAAUGGAUCUUUCUAUGUGCUGCACAUAAAACACCUAAAGAAUGCCCUGCUAUUGAUUAUACGAGACACACUCUUGAUGGAGCUGCCUGUUUGUUAAAUAGCAACAAAUAUUUUCCAAGCAGAGUAAGUAUAAAAGAAUCUUCAGUGGCGAAAUUGGGAUCAGUAUGUAGAAGAGUCUACAGAAUAUUUUCUCAUGCGUAUUUCCAUCAUCGUGCAAUAUUUGACGCUUUUGAAAAGGAAACACACCUGUGCAAAAGAUUUACAGAAUUUGUUACAAAAUACUCAAUCAUUUCCAAGGAAAUUCUAAUACUGCCAAAACUGGAUGAUGAGACACCUAUUACUCAACCAGUUGGAGAAUCAGAAGCUUAAUGCAGAUGUAAAAACAUUUCAGAAUUUUGUUUACUCUUUUUAAAUUAUUAAAAGGAUAAAUUUAAACAUCUCGAAUACCACCAAAAGUAUUUCAUAUUUAAGAACAGUAAAAUCAUUAUUGAUUUGUUAAUAAAACGAAAAAUUUGUGAUUUACUUAAAACCUUUUGGUAUCCAGUACCAAUACUAACAUUUAUUACUCUUCAAUAGUAUUGUAGUAAAUAUAUUUAUGUAACAUGUAACCUGUUUACUA